AAACGUGUUAGGCAUUCAAGCGCAUCGGAAAGUGCCGGCUUUGCAUAUACAAAAGCAAGUUCAGUGACUAAAACCGGUAGUCUCUCGUCCAACACUCAGCGGUCAAGAACUGAAACGAAGAAAUUAUAGAAAUAUUUUUAUAAGAACUUUGAGAAAAAAAAAAUAAAUAAAAAAAAACAAUUUAUUUUGUUUUGUUUUGUGAAUCCAUAAACAACCAAUUUAAUUGAUUGACUUUGUGCUGAUGGGGAAACACACGUGAACGAUUUGUUUUGUUAAUUGGUUGGUGCCGUUUUUUGGUCCUAAAAAAUCUAUACCUUAUAAUAAUACGAUAUUAUUUAAAAAUAUAAAUAAACUACAAUCUUAAACUGAAAGCUGAUAGGCAAUGAGGAAAGAGUAUCGAAUAUUUAUCAUUCUCUCUUUGAUAUCACAGGGUUUAUGUGAAUAUGGCUCGCCAUGUACAACAACCGAUAAUGUGGCUGGCAUAUGUGUUCCGGUCAAAUCAUGUAAGCCGGCAUUUGAUUUUUUCGCCCAACUACGGGAAAGUGGUCGGGUGAUAACAUUCUCUGAACGCGAGGAGAUUCAAAGUUUACAUUGCGGUACCUUUAGGGGAGUGGCUCAUAUCUGCUGUGAUCCAUCAAAACUCCAAUUGAAUCCGGAUGGUGUGUCCCUGCUGGAAAAACAAAAAUGUGGUAUUUAUCUCACCAAUCGUGUUACAUAUGGCUAUGAGGCAAAAUUAAUGGGCUAUCCAUGGAUGGCCCUUUUGGUGUACGAUGAUGAACGCGAUCCGUAUAAGUGUGGGGGUUCGCUGAUAAGUGAACAGCAUGUUCUGACAGCUGCACAUUGCGUCCGAGGAAGGGAAUCGAGCAUAAUGUACGUACGCCUUGGAGAACAUCGAAAGAGUACUGCCAUAGAUUGCGUUAAAUUGGGACCAAAGACAACAUGUGCCCCUGAGCCUCUUGAAGUGGGCAUUCAGGACUUUAUUCUGCAUGAAAACUAUCGUUCGGUUUACAAUGACAUCGCCUUAUUACGUUUAGAGCGGAAAGUGGCGCCCGAUGUUCACAUCAAACCCAUUUGCUUGCCCAUAUAUGAGAAUCUGCGCUCACUCGAACAUGAACAAUAUGUAAUAUCCGGUUGGGGAAGAACCGAAACAGGAGCAUCUUCGGAUGUUCUGCGCGUUGCCAUAGUACCGCACGUUGAUGUUGCCACAUGUCAAAAUUAUUUGAGACCAUUUGGCCUAACCUAUCAGCUAAAUAGUACUCACAUCUGUGCUGGAGCUAAAAAUUUGGUUGAUACCUGUAAAGGUGAUUCGGGCGGUCCGCUGGGUUACACCGACAUCUACAAUGGUUCGUCGCGGUUUGUCCAGUACGGAGUGGUAUCGGUUGGUGUUUCGAAUUGCGGCGAACGAAAUGUACCGGGAAUCUAUGCCAACGUCUCUCAUUAUAUGCAAUGGAUAACAGAUCACAUACACGAAGAUGAUACAAUUCCGAAGACAACAGUUGGGCCAACAAAAACCCCAGAAACAACAGAAAUUAAUUCUAGAUCUCCAGAAGAACCAUGCCUCACCCCGCUCAAUUCCAGUGGUUUUUGUGUCCCUUAUUCAAAAUGUUCACUAUUUCAGCAAUGGGAUAUAAAAUACGGUGGCAAUUUACCACCAACUAUACAGGAGUAUAUAAAGCGUGCACAGUGUUCCAAAACAGACGAUAAUUUGAUACUUUACUGUUGCGAACCAGAGACAAUUGUGACAGCGCCAAUUAAAGAGAGGAGUGGAAAUGGUUUGAACUUGUAUUUAAAUCCCAUGCAAGAUUUUCAUAGUCAAUUGAAUGUUGAAGGUUUCGAUAUCCUAAGUGGCCAACGCUGUGGCACAGAUAAUGGAAAUCGCAUUGCCGGCGGUAAUAUCACAAUGUUGGCCGAAUUCCCAUGGAUGGCUCUGUUGAUUUAUCAGGGUCCAUCGGGUGAAGAAUUCCGAUGCGGUGGUUCAUUGAUAACGAAUCGUUAUGUGCUGACAGCAGCACAUUGUUUGAGAAUUGCAUAUCCAUUAAUUGGUGUACGCCUUGGCGAAUAUAACACCUCCACCGAAGAAGAUUGCAUGAAAAUGGGACCAAAAUUGAAAUGCAACCCGCCAGCGGAAACUUUUGGUGUAGAAACAACUAUAUUGCAUCCGGAAUACAAUAGACGUGAACGUGUCAAUGAUAUAGCCCUAAUCAAAUUGGAUCGAAAUGUGGAAUUUAAAAAACACAUUGAACCCAUUUGCCUGCCAAUUUAUUCCAAUAUUGUGUGGACUCAGACCGAUGAUGAUUUCCUAAUUGCUGGUUGGGGCUACAUGGAAGACGGACAUGCCUCGAAUGUUUUACUUAAGGCACAAAUAAAACAACUCCCCAUCAACAAAUGCAGCGAAGCCUAUUCGAUUGAUGCCAGUAAAUUUCGUUACUUGUGUGCUGGGGACGAAGAGCUAGGACGCGAUACAUGUCGCGGUGACAGUGGUGGACCGCUGAUACAAUUUGCUCCAUACAAUAAUCGAAGGCGUUUCAUCCAGUAUGGGGUGGUGGCAAUUGGUAGGAAUGCGUGUAAAUUGACUUCGACGUUACCUGGUGCCUAUACCCAUGUUAGCUAUUAUAUGCCAUGGAUCACAAAUAACAUUGUGAAUUAAAAUGGGUGGAGUUUAGUAAAAUUUAGAUUUAAAUAUA